UUACUUGUUUAGGAGAGCAAAGGAAAGCACUCUCUGUUCCACUGUAGGGAAAUUUGGCUCCUGCUUGCCUUUGGUGAGUGCUUCAGCAAUAGCACAGAAUUACACUGCUCGUGUGUUAAAUCAUAAUGAUAGUUUAGGCUGCUCUUUUAAAUGUGAUGGCCACAUGCCAGCUUUUGGAUACUUUUAUUCAAAACUGCAGUAAAAGAUGAGGGCAGAGAAGGAAAUAAGUUAUUUUAGUAGGCCUGUAUAGCUGAAGAUACUGGUUACUGGAUCUGUACCUCUGUUAAUGUGUGUGAUCCCUACAGACAACUACUGUCACAUCAGCAACAGGGACAGGCAUUUGUAGCACCUGGAAACAAAGGGAAAAUAGUUAGGUAUUGUUCCAGGAAGAGACAUCUUUAUGCAGCUAAUACAAUGCCCAUAGCUGAUCAGAUUUAACCCAGGGUUGAGAAUAGUUGGCUGCAGGUACUAAUAGACCUGACUCUAAAUAAAGCCUGUUUGCAUUUGUAUCCAGGGGCAUGUAACUGUGUGGCUGAAAGGCACUUGUGAUGGCUGUGAAUAACUUACUGUUGGUUUAGUUCCCUGCUGAAUGCCAGGGUAGUAGAGGUCAGAAUGUGUGGUAAUGGGAGUGGGCUGCCUGUUGGGUGGGAGGUGGUUAUUGAAUUUGCUUGUUAUAGUAUGAAACACUGUUCUUGGAGGAGGCUGCCAGAGGGUUUAAGCAGCAUCAGUUCUAAUGUGAAUGAAAUCUUAGAUAGGGGAUAGAUUGGAAAUGAAAUGUAUUAAGGGUAGGAGGAAUCACUGAAUCUAACUUGGUGGUGCAUGUAACUGAGCUACACUGAGUGAAUUCUAAAUGGACGAUAUUUAAUGAAUUACUUUUGUAAUAGCAGCACUGGCAUAAGUAGUUUUUGUUUGCAACAGUAUAUUCCUGUUCUCACCCUUCCCUGUCCUAGCCAGUUUGUUGGUAUAAACACUUGCAUGGUUAUACAGUGAUGCAGGUGAAAAUUAAGUGCUUCUGUAAGGGAUGGGAAGGUAAGAGAUGACUAUCAGCUAGAUCAGCUUCUUGAACUAAUUUAUUAUGUGGACACAAAUGUUUGUUUUGGCAAGCCUGGGGAAGUAAUGAGGGCAGAAAUGGGUUGGCUCAUAAUGGUGGCUGCUUAAGUAAGGCAGCUGUUGUAAGAAUAUGCCUAAGAACAGAUGAUACUGAGAAAGUGCUUCAUGUUUUAUUUGUUUGUUGUUUUUUUUCAUGUUAUGUCUAAAUAAAACUUUGUUUUACUCUGGAUCCUCAAAACUAGGCAAGAAUGGUGAAGGAUUAAUACUAAUUCUAUGAGGUUGUUUAUGGAGAGAGCUAUUUCUGUUUCUGUUAUCAACUCACUUGUUAUCUUUCUUAAACAGUACACAGGAUCACUAUGGAAUCGGAGUACUUAUACUUACAGACCUAAUGAGAACAGAGAACUGGGCUGGCAACCUAUAGCUUUUCUCUGAAAUGGGUACAUCCAAGAAUGGAAAAAGGCUGUACUGACAUGAAUUUUCUGCUUUGUGGAUGUAUGGCAGUAGGAUAUCACACAGAAUCCCAAGCUGUCUGUUAAAAUACCAAAUAAUUUGAAUGAAAUUUUCUCCAGUGCUUGUUCUUGCUUGCAGCUUUUAAUGAGGAAUCUCAAACAAUAAAAGUAUUUAUAGAUCAACUGGUUGCAAGCUUGAGAGAUCUUCUUUGUGUGAAAUCCUAAGACCAGGAGCAUCUUGAAUAAUUGCUGCUGCAGUCAUAAAAAUAAUGUUAAGUGAAAGAAAACUUCCAGGAUGCACAGCAAUAUCCAAUUUGCAGCAAGCUCAGGUUCUGGCUUUGUUAAGUGUACAGUGAUACAAUGAACAGCCUGGAGUCCUGCACAAUAAAAGUUUAAAUAUGUUCAGAAUUUUGCAGGCUCAAACUGUUCAUUAAUUAAAGCAGACAAUUUCAGAUCUGAAGGAAAAAUAAAAGCACAGCCAAAACUUUGCUGGCAGUUGUUUGAUGGUUGAGUGUGCUGGAGCAAAUACCUUUUAGCUGGUAUCUCUCUCCCUCCCCCCCUUAGUUUUCAAGCCAGAAAGUGUGCUUUUUGUAGUCAUAAAAAAUAAGUAUGUUUAAAGGAGACUUCGGAGUUGUGUAGCAGUGUGUAGUUUGCAGAAAGCUCAGGUUCUGGCUUUGGUAAGGCUACAGUGGUGCGUGUUUGCGAGGAACUGUUUGCUGUCCCUUUUAGGUGAUGUGUAGUGCAGCCCAGUUCUGGAUGUAGUCUAUACAGACACAUGGUGAUUAGAAAUGAACCAGACCUCUUGCUUAAAAAAUAGAGAAAAUUAAGGAUAUUUGGAAAGCUAUGGAAUGUUUGCAAGCUCUCCUCAAAAAGAUAUGGAUAAGAAAACAGAUGAAGAGCAACCUCUGACUGCAUGUAGCCAGUACCCUAAAGAAGCAGUGAGGAGACGUCAGAAUUCGGGUCAGGGUUCCAGGGGCAGUGAUUCUUCCAGGACCUCCAGGAAAAGCUUCAGGCUGGACUACAGAUUAGAAGAGGAUGUCACUAAAUCAAAGAGAGGCAAAGAUGGGAAGUUUGUCAACCCAUGGCCAACAUGGAAAUCACCGACCUUGCCCAAUGUUUUGAAGUGGUCCUUCAUGGAAAAAAAUAACAGCAACGUGCCGUGCUCGAAGCAGGAACUGGAUAAAGUGCUUCCUGUGUUAAAACCUUACUUUGUUGAAAAGCCAGAACUUGCUGGGAAGACAGGAACUGGUCUGCGAGUCACAUGGCUGGGACAUGCUUCUGUUAUGGUGGAAAUGGAUGAACUUAUAUUCCUUACUGACCCCAUCUUCAGCCAGCGAGCUUCCCCCACUCAGCUGGUGGGUCCCAAGCGCUUCCGAGGACCUCCGUGCACCGUAGAGCAGCUCCCCAAGAUAGAUGCAGUCAUGAUCAGCCACACUCACUAUGAUCACUUGGACUACAACACCGUAAUGAGUUUGAAUGAGCGUUUUGGUAGUGAGCUGCGCUGGUUUGUGCCUCUAGGGCUGUUGGGCUGGAUGCAGAGAUGUGGUUGUGAGAAUGUGAUAGAACUGGACUGGUGGGAAGAGAACUGUGUCCCUGGUCAUGAUGCGGUAACUUUUGUCUUCACCCCUUCGCAGCAUUGGUGCAAAAGGACUGUGAUAGAUGAUAACAAGGUUCUUUGGGGCAGCUGGUCUGUCUUAGGACCAUGGAACAGGUUUUUCUUUUCAGGAGAUACUGGAUAUUGUGUUGCUUUUGAACAGAUAGGCAAAAGGUUUGGACCUUUCGAUCUUGCAGCCAUCUCCAUUGGAGCUUAUGAGCCAAGGUGGUUUAUGAAAUACCAGCAUGUGGAUCCUGAAGAAGCAGUAAGAAUCCACAUUGAUGUUCAAGCAAAGAAGUCUGUAGCAGUUCACUGGGGGACCUUUGCUUUAGCAAAUGAGUAUUACCUGGAUCCUCCAGUUAAACUGAAUGAAGCUCUUGAAAGAUAUGGCUUGAAAAAAGAUGACUUCUUUGUCUUAAACCAUGGAGAAUCACGGGACUUGAGUACUAAUGAUGGAUUUGAAUAACGGAACAGUAGCAGAUCCCUGUAAGCCCUCUUUGAUUUGAGCUAGCAAUUAAGGUUCCAAAUACUACUAGGAUGUACUUGCAAAGUAGAUUUUUUUUUUGGGGGGGGUGAACUGGAUUUGUAGGUGCUGGGUUUGUCGGUUACAGAACUAAAACUUGCAUACCAAUUUCAUGCUAAAUUUCACUAGUUAUAUUGUUUAUAAAUUUUGAGGUGAUCAAAGAACUGGUUAAUAUGUAAGGUAUUGUCUGGGAAUAACUUGCAGUUUCAACUCUUAUGUACACCACUGAUAAAUUACUGGGGUUUUGGGGGCUUUUUUGAACUCUUCAUCUUACCUGCAGCAGCAAUAAUAACCUCAGUGCAGGACAUACUCUUAGAGUUAAUGGCUGACUUGAACGAGUUUUUGUUAGAAUGUCAUCUCCUACUUGUUGGUCAUUAAUCUUCAGUUUAUGCCCUGUACCUUGAUAGCUUCACUGUAUGUUUUGUGGGGUAGAGUCUUCCAGUACAGCUGUGUUGUUAAGCACAAGCACAGUAAAAGAAUUAUUUUACUGACUGCUUCUACAUUUUCAUAUACUGAUGAACCACAAAAGCUGCAUUUUACAGUGAUAUAAAGAAACGUGCCUUUCAGAGAUAGACAUAGUUUAAUGUUGCGUCACUCAUGUAACACUUAACUGCUGGUCAGAGUAUUCUUUGUUUUGUCAGUGUUUUUAAGUUAGGCCAGAACAUGUCUAAAGUAAUUUUCUUGCUAAAUGCAGUACAUGAAAUGGAAGAAUCCCUUAAUGGCACUUGUAUUUACAUUGACUCAGCCUAUUACUAGGUACUUUUAAGUGAAAUAUCUUUAGCAAGGGCUGUGGUAUUUUUUUCUUACAGCUUCCGUGUAAUUUUUAAGUUGAAUGAGAGAUGCAGCAUUGCUUACUAUUGUAAAACUUGGCUAAAUGUAUCUGAAUCAAAUUGCCAUGCUAAUUUACAGAAUUAAAGCCUAUUAUUGCCAAUAAAAAGGGUUGUUAGUCUC